AUGUCUACUGAAGUAGCCCGCCGGUGGUAUCACUGGUUCUCACCUAGUGAUACCCCCGAAGAGCGCAAGUUGAUCCUCAAACUGGACAUUCUCAUAGUCCCGUAUGCGUUCGUGCUCUACUGGGUCAAGUACAUGGACCAGACGAACAUCAACAAUGCGUACGUUUCGGGCAUGGCAGAUGAGCUGGGCUUCCACGGGAACGAGUUGGUCCAGUUCCAGACCAUAUUCGUGGUAGGCAACGUGGUUGGCCUUCUACCAUUCAUCUACCUCUUCCCCCGCGUCCCGAUGCACAUUCUCGUGCCAACUCUAGAUCUCGGAUGGGGCCUGUUCACCCUUUUGCAAUAUCGCGCGCAGAGUUAUGCCGAAAUCAUGGCCUACCGUUUCAUGGUCUCCCUGUUUGAGGCAUCUUACUUCCCGGGGGUCCACUUCGUCCUCGGGUCAUGGUACAGAAGUGAUGAGAUUGGCCGUCGCGGGGGCACAUUCUACAUCGGUCUCACCCUCGGCACCCUCACGGCGUCCCUCCUCCAAGCCGCGGCGACGACGUACCUCGAUGGCGUCCAUGGCCUGCCCGGCUGGCGCUGGCUCUUCAUCAUCAACGCCAUCAUCACCCUGCCGCUCGCGUUCAUCGGCUACUUCAUCUGGCCCGGGACGCCAGCGAAGCCAAACAGGCUGGUGAUGAAGAAGUCGGACCUGGAAAUCGCGCGCUCGCGUCUCGAGAAGGCCGGCAGCUCGGUCAAGAGCACACCAUUCUCGCUCAACCUGCUCAGACGCGUCUUCACGAACUGGCGGUUCUACCUGCUGGUGCUGUGGGACGUCUUCUUCUUCAACACCAGUUCCAACAGCGCCGCGUUCCUGCUGUGGAUCAAGAGUCUAGGGAGAUAUAGCACGGCGGAGAUGAACAACCUGAACGCUCUCAGCCCGGGUCUGGGCAUAUUCUUCGUGCUGUUCAUUAAUUUUAGCGCCGACUUAUGGAUCGGUAGACCGGCGGCCAUCACGCUUGCCUCGGCCGUCAACUUUACGGGACUCGUGAUCCUGGCCGUCUGGAACGUGCCUGAAGCGGCGAAGUGGUUCGCGUUCAGCACGUCGUAUUCCGCUGUGGCGGUGUCGUCGGUGUUGUACGGCUGGGCGAACGUCAUUCUGCGGAACAACAUUGAGGAGCGGGCUCUGACCCUCAUUCUGAUGACGGCUAUUGCUACGUCGACGAACGCGUGGAUUCCGCUGUUUGUGUAUCCGACCGUGGAGGCCCCAAGGUUUCCAAAGGGUUAUGUUUACUCUGCCGUCAUGGUUGUGUGUUUGGUUAUUACGACGCAGAUUGUUCGGGUGUUGUUGGGAACACAAGGGGAGAAACGCCAGCCCAAGUCCCAGGACUUGUCUGCCGCGGGUGACGGUACCACAGACUCUGUCGAGGAGCAUUCUUCGUCUGUCGGUUACGGGGUGCCAGAACAAAAGACGCCAGUUUCACGUGUUGACGUCGUCUGA